GUAGAUGUUAGUCUCCCAGGCAGCGGCUGAGACCGUUUGACGAAGAUGGCGGACUCGCUGUCGACAGGUCUGGGAGAGGAGAAAGAGAAGGAGAAGGAGGACAGGGAGCGGGACAGGGACGCCGCCAAAAACGAGAGGAACAAGGAGAAGGACGGAGUCACGGAGACGCUGGGGUUCAGCGACCGAACCAGCGGCGGGAGGGACAAGAAGCGCAGCCUGUCAGAUCUGUCUCUUAUUCGUUUUAUAACUACUGAGCUCACUAGAGGCUAUUUCUUGGAACACAAUGAGGCCAAGUACACAGAACGCAGGGAGAGGGUUUAUACCUGCCUCCGAAUUCCCAAGGAGUUAGAGAAGUUGAUGAUAUUUGGCUUCUUCCUCUGUCUGGAUGCCUUUCUGUACGUGUUCACCCUGUUGCCACUGAGGGUGAUUCUGGCCCUGAUACGGCUCAUUACGUUGCCAUGCUGUGGCUUCGGUGGCUCCCGCUUGCUCCAGCCAGCCCAGGUAUGCGACGUGCUCAAAGGCUUCAUUAUGGUGAUCUGUUACUCAAUGAUGAGCUAUGUGGAUUACGCCAUGAUGUACCACCUCAUCAGGGGACAGUCUGUCAUCAAACUCUACAUCAUCUACAACAUGUUAGAGGUGGCGGACCGACUGUUCUCUUCAUUUGGCCAGGAUAUUUUGGACGCUCUGUACUGGACAGCCACUGAACCCAAAGAGAAGAAGAGGGCGCACAUAGGAGUGAUUCCUCAUUUUUUCAUGGCUGUGCUCUAUGUGUUUCUUCAUGCCAUCCUCAUCAUGGUUCAAGCCACAACUCUCAAUGUGGCUUUCAACUCUCACAACAAAUCCCUGCUUACUAUCAUGAUGUCAAACAAUUUUGUGGAGAUCAAAGGAAGCGUGUUCAAGAAGUUUGAAAAGAACAACCUUUUUCAGAUGUCAAACAGUGACAUAAAGGAGAGGUUCACAAACUACAUUCUUCUGCUCAUCGUCUGUUUGAGAAACAUGGAGCAAUUUUCCUGGAACCCCGAUCACUUCUGGGUGCUGUGCCCUGACGUGUUUAUGGUCAUCGCCUCAGAGGUUGCAGUGGACAUCGUCAAACAUGCAUUUAUCACCAAAUUCAAUGACAUCAGCGCUGACGUUUAUGGAGAAUACAGAGCCAGCCUUGCCUUUGAUCUUGUCAGCAGCCGACAGAAAAAUGCCUACACAGACUACAGUGACUCUGUGUCUAGGAGAAUGGGCUUCAUCCCUCUUCCUUUAGCUCUGCUGCUGAUCAGAGUAGUGACCAGCUCAGUGAAAAUCCAGGGUUCACUCUCUCUCAUAUGCGUGUUGCUGUUUUACCUGGGGAUGAUCACUUUAAAGGUGCUCAACAGUAUCGUUCUGUUGGGGACGUCCUGUGUAUUUGUGAAAGAGGCCAACAUGGAGGAAAAGCUUUUUGACCCUCCACCCUCUGCUGUCUCGAGCCGCGCAAAUUCCAGAGCUCACCGGAACAAACACGUCCACAUAUCACCACAGCAAGAAGCCACAUCAGAAAUAGGAGGAAUAUCAGUGGCAUCAGACAAUUCUCAAACGACCAACAUGGCAGAAAGCGCUGCCCCCACACUUCCCAAGAGCGACUCUGACACAUUCCUAACAACGCCUGACGAAGAAGACGAUGACAAAAUCAUUAACACUGACACUGGACUGGAAGGCGAUGGACUCAAACUCAGAGCGCCCAAAAAAGACUUGCUGGAAAUAGACCGCUUCACCAUCUGCGGCAACAGAAUAGACUGAAUGCUGCAGCAUCAACUAGUCAGUGAAGUUUCCUGGCUACGCAUUAAGGUUCAGGGAUCAGACCUGGGUCAUGGAUGAUGCUCAGACUGGACUUGGUCUUGUGCUCCCGACCCCUGGAGUAUUUAUUUAUUUAUUUCCGAUAAAACCAGCCAAGGCAUAAAGCUGUUACUGCAAGCAUUAGAUGCUGCUUCUGGUGUUUCCAGCUGAUCCAGUCCUUUUCCUGUUAAACUAGUAGCCUGGGACUGGGUGAAAACUGGAACGCUCAGAUGAAGCAGACCACGAGGAGAUCAACAAGACCACAUAUGUGACAUAGUGUGUGGUCGUAGGAACAUUACAGCUGGACUGCAGGUGUGUCUUCAAAAGCACAAUCAAAUGUACAGUGAGAAUUUGUUUUUAAAAUGAACAAAAACCGAUUUUUUUAUUUGUUUGAUUUCUAAAGCAUACUUAUAUUUAAAAGUGAAGUUUUUAGCAUAAAAAUCUUUUUUUUUAAUCAACUGUGUUUAUCGGCAUUAAGACUCAGAUCCAAUCUGACAAACACACUAACACACAUUCACAGAGAUAGUGUUUGAAUGAAGUUAAUGUGAGCUAAAGGUCCAGCAUGUUAAACAUGGCAGUCGUAACGCUAAGAACAUUUCUGCAUGGAAUCCAAGGGUUAUGUUUGACCCCAGAGGUGACUUUACUGUUUGGACACAGAUAUAUUUGAAGGUUUUUGUGUCCUACCACUGAAGCUCUAUAAUAAGUGAAGGUCAUAUGGUAUUGAAGAAACCAUCACGCUAAACUGAUUUGUUUUUAAUAAUUCCAACCUCUGAUAAAGAGGUGUACAGCUGACCUAGAGCUGGUUAUUUCUUGGAGUAAAAUUAAAAACAAUGCCAAUGGUUAUGCAGGUAAACAGGUCAUAUCAUUUAGAAAAGAGGAGGUUUUAUGUUUAAACGUUGGCUUGUGUUUGGCUUCAGCAUGUCAUACAACUACGUUAUUUGAGUUUCCAUGUGGUGCAUUUGGGUCCACCGUUUUUAUAAUGUAUUAUAAUUAUAUGCAACCCACAGUGAUAAAAAGGCAGUUUUUCAAAAAAUACUUUAUCAUCAUCAUUUAAUCAAGCAGCAGGUUUGACUGUUUGUUCGUUCAUGUUAGUGGUUGCGAUAUAUAUUGAGGAUCAAGGAAACACAUGCUGAACAAUAGUAAAUGUUAUGAAACCUUGGAAAGAAUCAGCCAGGAUUUAUUUUCACAGAUCUAUGUGGCGUUUUGUGAUGCGAGGUGUAAAAGUUGUACAUGAGGGGCACAAAAUCCAUUAUGGAAUGGCAGGAAGUGCAUAGAGUCAGAUCGUGCGCGUGUGUGCACGUGUGUGUGAGCGUGAGAUCAUUUGCAGUGCAUGGAUGGAUCUUGAACGCUAUACAUAUGAAUCAGAUAUUUCAUGGUUUUUAUUUUUCAUGUACAGCUCAUCUGUGUAAUGCGUCUCCUUCCAUGGUCUAAGGAGAAUAAAAAUAUUUUGUUUUGUAACCCUU